ACCUCAUCUUUCUCCCACCACUCUCUUCUCUUUUCGUCUUUCUCCGUUAGUUGAGUUCUUCAUCAUAAACUCGCUAUCAUGUCUCUCCUCGAUGGUCUCAUCAACCUUGAUCUCACCGACACCACAGAGAAGAUCAUAGCUGAAUACAUUUGGAUCGAUGGAUCCGGAUUGGGCCUGAGAAGCAAAGCGAGAACUUUACCUGGACCGGUAACCGACCCGGCCAAGCUUCCGAAGUGGAACUACGACGGCUCCAGCACGGACCAAGCUCCCGGUGACGACAGUGAAGUCAUCGUCUAUCCUCAAGCCAUAUUCAAGGAUCCAUUCCGACGAGGAAACAACAUCCUGGUGAUGUGCGAUGCGUACACACCGGCUGGCGAACCCAUUCCCACAAACAAGAGAUUUAAUGCUGCCAAAAUAUUCAGCCACCCAGAUGUCCUCGCUGAGGAGCCAUGGUAUGGCAUUGAGCAGGAGUACACUCUCCUUCAGAAGGAUGUCAAAUGGCCCAUAGGAUGGCCGGUUGGUGGCUUUCCCGGUCCCCAGGGACCGUACUACUGCGGAGUAGGAGCUGACAAAGCCUUUGGCCGGGAUAUUGUGGAUGCCCACUACAAAGCUUGUCUCUAUGCGGGGAUCAACAUUAGCGGAAUUAACGGUGAAGUUAUGCCCGGCCAAUGGGAAUUCCAGGUCGGUCCUGUAGUUGGAAUCUCCGCCGGCGAUCAAUUAUGGAUGGCUCGGUACAUACUCGAGAGGAUCACCGAGAUUGCAGGAGCUGUGCUUUCAUUUGAUCCAAAACCAGUUCAGGGCGACUGGAAUGGAGCUGGUGCACACACCAACUACAGCACCAAAUCCAUGAGGAAUGAUGGUGGACUUGAUGUGAUCAAGAAAGCCAUUGAGAAGCUGGGAUCACGCCACAAGGAGCACAUUUCUGCUUAUGGAAAAGGCAAUGAGAGAAGGUUGACUGGUCGCCAUGAGACUGCAGAUAUCAACACCUUCUCUUGGGGUGUUGCCAACAGGGGAGCUUCCAUCCGUGUUGGUCGCGAUACCGAGAAAGCUGGAAAGGGAUACUUUGAAGACAGAAGGCCAGCUUCCAACAUGGACCCAUAUAUCGUCACGUCUAUGAUAGCAGAAACUACCAUUCUCUUAAAGCCUUGAGGGAAUGUGAAGCUC